AUGUCAGGCAUCUUCCUUAUCCUGGCUUUCGAAGGACCUAGAUACAAGUGGAUCAGAAAAGGCGGUAGCAUGACACCGUAUGUUGCAGACCUUCUGACUGCCUUCUUCGCGAAAACGAUUGAGUUGUCGUUUGCUACUGUCUUUGUCGCUUUCCUUGGUCAGGUAUUAUCUCGCAGAGCAUUCAUGAAGAAUCAGGGCCGUGGCAUCACCCUUGCUGAGAUGGAUAUGCGUACAUGGGUCAUGCAACCUGGUACGAUGUUCACUCACUACGAAGCUCUCAAGUCGAGUAUAUUCUCAAUCCUCGGCUUGCUCUCGCUCGUUGCUGCAGUGAUGGCCAUGCUGUACACUACGGCAUCCGAGUCUCUUGUCCAGCCGUACCUUCACUAUGGGUCUUGGGAACAUGGAACCAUGCGAGGACUUGUUAAAACCAUCUGGGCCAAUCCGACAUAUCUGGGAACAAAUUGUGGUACACCUAUCACAGUGGCUGAGGAUGAGAUUGCGGGUAACACCUGUCUUCAAAUCCAGUACGCUGCCCACAGCUACUACAACUAUCAACGGUACAUCUCCGACUGGUCAGUCACUGCAAGAAACGGUAAUGGCUCGAGCGAGCCUAUUCAUCGACCAAAGGGCUUUGCAAUGAUCUUCGAGAACACUACUGUCAAAGCUCCAUGGGUUGAUCUGGAGUACAGCGAUGUCAGUGCCAAUUCUGACAAGUAUCGAAGAAUCAUCAACAAUGUGACUCUUGCUUUGCCUCAUGCUGGUGUACCUGGCGCUUCUUGGGACGCUAUCAAUCAUAUCCUACAGCCGGAAGACCUCGAUGGACAAGGCGUCUACCAGCUUCAAGCUUCUGUUCCAUCUCCAGCAGUAAACGUCUUGUGUGCUCAGAUGACCAAGGAAGACUUGUCGCCAAUCGUGUAUACUGAAUGGAACAACAACACACUCAACGCUACACGAUGGCCGACGGGGGACCAACUGGCUUUCUACCAGCCUGGUACAGAGGUCAAUGGCACUUACCUCAACAAGACAGUUGUCGAUGAUGUCUUCGGAUGGGGCGAGAAGUAUCAAACAUCACCGCCCGUGUUUCCUAAGCUGCCACUUGCGUACAACACACUGAUGAAUCAUACCGGAGCUUAUGGACGAGGAGCCAUAUAUCUGCUCGGUCGAGACGCUACAAACAACUACGCCCUGUGCUCUAUCAAGGUUUUUCAGACGCCUCUCUGCUCGACCGAAUACAAUGCAUCAAUGGUUGGCGCAAGUCUGGAAGCAAAAUGCAGCAGCGACGCAACAGUAGACUUGGCAAACAAGAUGCGGUACAUCGAUAGUAAUGACAAAGCAAUCACUGGCAAAGACACCAUCAACAAAGACUGGGUAUACAUCGGCACAGAAUGGGCAAACAGUCUGAGUCUCAACGCCGGCAUCAACGACGGCGAAGCCAGCAACGCUCGUCUGCUCACCGAGCUUAUUCUUACUACGCCCAAUCUCCCUCGCGACCGCCCCAGCAUCGCCGAAGCUCUCGCCGUCCUCGCAUCUUCCACUCUUUUGAUGUCAUGGCAAGAUGCUCCGUUUACUCAAUUCUGGAACUACUCAACCACGACGCUUUUACCAGGCGAAUACCAAAUCUUCAACACCUCCCUCCGUGCCCAAGAAUACGCUUCCGGCGGCAGCGGCUCACAAGCAACUCACGCCUUCUUCAUCGUGCUCUUCGCAAUUUUCUUCCUCAACGUCAUAUGCCUGUGCUACUUCCUGUCCCAGAACGGCCUCGUCACCGACUUCUCAGAACCACUGAAUCUCUUCUCUCUGGCUGUCAAUUCUCCACCGAGCGAAUUCAUGGCAGGAAGUUGUGGCGGUGGACCAAGGGGAAAGCAAUUCAAAAGUCAGUGGUUUGUUAAUGCUGCUGGCGAGCACUUGUUCAUGGAGAACAAGGAUGAUGGGAAGGAAAUCGGGGAUGUGGGUGGGGAGGAAAAACACAGAGAUGGAAGGUUUCGGGGCGAGAAUCGGGGGGUUGGGAUGACUCCUAUGAGGGUGGCUUAUGAGAAGAUGAGUAGGCGAAAGAGUUGGUUGUGA